GCUUGUUUAUAUGAUAGAACUAUGCCAUUUGACAAUAGUACUCAGAAUAGUUCGUAACUAUGGUUCAAGAUGUUUUAUAUUUCGUUGCUUUUUGUGUAAUGACAUCAUUUGCAUCGCAAAAUGUGAAAUUAACUGAAUAUAACUCAUUUAGCGAAUUUAAGCAUGCAGUCAACAAGAGUUAUAUGCACACAUUUGAUGAGUUUCGCAGCAAAAAAGCAUUCGAAGAAAAUUCGAAUGUAGUGCGGCAACAUAAUGAAUUAUUUCAAAAAGGUGAACGCAGUUAUCGCUUACGGACUAAUAUUAUGGCAGAUAUGAAUAAUGUGUCUUAUCUAAGAAAUUUUCUACGCCUAUUACGAAGUAAACGCUUCGGCAAUGAAAUUGACUCUGAAUCGGAUAUUGUGGGUUCAUCCUUAAAUCUGCAAACUCCAGAAGAAAUAGAUUGGCGCGAAAAGGGCUUCAAGACGCAGUCUGAUAAUCAACAAACUUGCGGGUCUUGCUAUGCGUUUAGUAUAGCGGAAAGCAUUGAGGGACAAGUAUUUAAAAGAACGGGGCGUGUGCUGAACCUUAGUCCACAACAAAUUGUAGAUUGCAGCGUAUCUUUCGGGAACCAGGGAUGUACGGGUGGUUCUUUAAGGAAUACACUCAAAUAUUUGGAGGCUACGGGUGGUUUGAUGCGCGAAAAGGAUUAUAAAUAUGUAUCGAAGAAGGGUAAAUGUCAAUUUGCCGCUGAGCUGUCUGUUGUAAACGUAACCUCUUGGGCAGUUCUCCCAGCUAAGGAUGAGAAAUCCAUAGAAGCAGCAGUAGCUCACAUUGGACCAAUACCAAUAUCCAUAAAUGCGUCACCGCGAACAUUUCAACUAUACAGUGAUGGUGUUUACGAUGACAUUUCUUGCUCUUCGGACACGGUAAAUCAUGCUAUGCUUGUUGUGGGCUAUACCAAAGAUUAUUGGAUCCUUAAAAAUUGGUGGGGUCAAAUGUGGGGUGAAGACGGUUACAUGCGUUUAAAAAGAGGUAGAAAUUUAUGCGGUAUUGCUAAUUAUGCAGCAUAUUCUAUUGUAUAAGAAUUCUAUUUUUGAUAUAAAUAAACACAAGCUAAAAAAGUGCAAAAA